AUGAGUCAAAGGCUUGAGUUACUCUAAAAAUAAAUGCCUACCUUCUAAUAUACAGUCGACGGAGGCAUUUUAACUAAGGAAGAACGAUAGUUUUAUGAAGAAAACGGGUUCAUAGUGGUUAGAUAAAUCUUUACUCCUGAAGAAAUAAAAGAGUGGACUUUAAGAUUCAGAGAAUACGCUGACGGACAACUAGAACGCAAAUACGGAAUGUAAGUUGUAAGAGACAUUUCUCUUGUGAAAAAAGGAGGAGGUAAACAAUGGGGAGAGGAAGCAAUAACAAAAAUACAGGACUGGUAAGAAGAUGAAGUAUUAUUCAAAUUUUGUUAAAACCCUAAAGUGAUUUAAUAUCUUAAAAGCAUCUGUGGACCUGAUAUUAAAUCUGUUCACACAAUGUUCAUCAACAAACCCCCUAACAUGGGAAAAACAUCAAGACACCCAAUUCAUCAGGACUAAGUUUACUUUCCAUUUGGACCAGCUCAUAGAAUAGCUGCUGGCUGGGCUGCUCUUGAAGAUGCCAAUAGAGAAAAUGGAUGUUUAGUCGUGUAUCCUGGCACUCAUAAAGGUAAAUAUCCCCCUGUAUCCUUAGUUGGACCAGUUGAACAUUGUUAUCCAGAUUGGAAAGAAGGAGUUAAUAAGGCUUACUGGGGUGUUAAAGAUAUGCCACCAGAAAGUGCUCCAAAAAUCCAUUUAGAAAUGAAGGCAGGAGAUAUUGUUUUCUUCCAUCCAUAUCUCUUUCAUGGUUCAGGAGAAAAUAGAGUAAAUUUUAUAAAAUAAAUUUUAGACAACAAAUUUCAGAAAGUCUAUCUGUUGCCAUUUUGCUUCCUCAAAUUGCCAAUAUCAUGAUAUUAAGGGAACUUUCCACGAAAAUUUGGCCAAUGACAUUAUUGCAUAUGCUUCAAAGAAGUUUGGGCAUGUUAAUUACUUGGAUAUAUGGAGAUUUAAAUGCAGACUGGUUUAAGGCUAGGCUGAUCCACUAGGAUUAUGA